GCAGGAGCAGGACCCGGCAGGCGGCGGCGGCGCUGGCCCUCUAUAUUACAUUUUUAUUAGGAGUGGUGUGACAUCCUUUUAUGAGAAUGCCCUCCAGAGCUGGAGGAAAGUUUGUGUUCAUUUCUAGCUCCUAAGUGGGAACAGUGAACCAUGGAGCUGUACUUUGGUGAAUAUCAACACGUGCAGCAGGAAUACGGCGUCCAUCUGAGACUCGCAAGCGAUGAAACCAAAAAAUUAAGGAAUUCCCAGCACGCAAAGGCAGGCUCCUACGGUGUCAGUAUUCGGGUCCAGGGGAUUGAUGGCCACCCGUACAUAGUCCUCAAUAACACAGAGCGGUGUCUGGCAGGCACAUCCUUUUCUGAAAACGGGCCAUCAUUUCUGUCUCCAAUGAUAAAUAACCUGCCUCUCCAUUCCAGCAACGGGUCUGUGCUGGAGGAGAACAGUGCAGGAGAACUGCAGCUCCCAGAAAAUCCAUAUGCCCCACCCGACCCAGUAAGAAACCUGAAACAGCCCCCUCUCUCUGAGGGCAAGAAUGGAGUUCUAGAUUGCAAAGAGGAGCCAGUAAAGCCGUCCCCCGUGCUGAACUUUCAGAGGCAUCCAGAGCUUUUACAGCCCUAUGAUCCCGAAAAGAAUGAGUUGAACUUACAAAAUCACCAGCCUCCCGAGAGUAAUUGGCUCAAAGCUUUAACAGAAGAAGGGAACAACAAUAAGAAGGCUUGGACUUGCUCGCGCAGACCUAGCCAUUCCCAGCCGACCAGCCCUCCCUCGGAAGACCCGGCCAGAUCCAGCGUGACGGCCAUCCGACUGUGCAGCUCUGUGGUCAUCGACGACCCCAAGAAGCAGACCUCGGUGAGCGUGAACGUUCAGAGCUGCAGCAAGGAGGGGCUGGCCGAGGGCGCCCUCGCGCCUAGCGGGAGGCCCCUACCCAGCCACCCCGAAGCCAAGAAAACCAGGCCCGACGUGCUUCCCUUCCGGCGCCAGGACUCAGCCGGGCCGGUGCUGGACGGGGCCCGGUCCCGGAGAUCCUCGUCGUCGUCCACGACUCCCACUUCGGCCAUCUCUUUGUACAGAUUUUUGCUCGACGAUCAAGAAAGUGCCAUCCAUGCCGACAAUGUCAAUCGUCACGAAAACAGAAGGUAUAUCCCCUUCCUGCCCGGAACCGGGCGGGAUAUUGAUACGGGGUCCAUCCCCGGCGUGGAUCAGUUAAUUGAAAAAUUUGACCAAAAACCUGGGCUGCAGAGAAGAGGCAGGUCUGGGAAGCGAAACAGGAUCAACCCGGAAGACAGGAAAAGGUCCCGAAGCGUGGAUAGUGCCUUUCCUUUCGGUCUCCAAGGGAACCCAGAGUACCUCACCGAAUUCAGCCGGAACCUGGGCAAGUCCAGCGAACACCUGCUGCGGCCGUCCCAGGUGUGCGCGCCGAGGGCGCAGGCGCAGGAGCACCGGGGCAGGCAGGGCGCGGGCCGCGCCUUCGCCAGGCUGCAGGGAGCCCUGCCCAGGCCGCCGCCGCAGAACAAAGGUGGGAGAGUUCCAGAAAACAGAGGUGGUCAGGAAAGCCCAACGGAGCGCACAUCCUCCCUCCCAGCACAGGCGAAGACGGAGGAGGAAAUCAAAACGGCCACCGCUACGUUGAUGCUACAGAAUCGGGCGCUAGCAACUUCCCCGGAUUCAGGUACCAAGAGGAUUUCUGUGAAGACAGUUACUUCCACCUCAAAUACUCAGGCCACACCGGAUCUGUUAAAAGGCCAGCAAGAGCUCACUCAGCAAACCAAUGAGGAGACGGCCAAGCAAAUACUUUACAAUUACCUCAAAGAAGGAAGCUCCGAUAAUGAGGAUGCUACUAAGAGGAAGGUCAAUCUGGUCUUUGAGAAAAUCCAGACUUUGAAGUCUCGAGCAGCAGGGAGCACACAAGGAAGUAAUCAAGCUUCUAAUUCUUCAUCUGAAGUCAAAGAUCUCUUGGAGCAGAAAAACAAGUUGACCUCAGAAGUGGCUGAACUUCAGAGACAGCUUCAACUGGAAGUCAAGAAUCAGCAGAACAUCAAAGAAGAGAGAGACAGAAUGAAAGCAAACUUAGAAGCAUUCCAAAGCCAACACGACAGCAAGGCGGAAGAGAACGCAGAGCUGCAGCGGCGGCUGGAGGAAAGUGAAGGGGAGCUCCGGAGACACCUGGAGGAGCUGUUCCAGGUGAAGAUGGAACGGGAACAGCACCAGACUGAGAUCAGAGAUCUUCAGGACCAGCUCUCAGAAAUGCAUGAUGAGUUGGACAGCGCUAAACAAUCCGAGGACAGGGAGAAGGGGGCUCUGAUUGAGGAGCUCCUGCAGGCAAAGCAGGACCUUCAGCAUCUGCUCAUCGCCAAAGAGGAGCAGGAAGACCUCUUGAGGAAGCGGGAGCGUGAACUCACCGCCCUGAAGGGAGCCCUGAAAGAAGAGGUUUCCAGCCACGACCGCGAGAUGGACAAGCUGAAGGAGCAGUACGACGUGGAGCUGCAGGCCCUGCGGGAGAGUGUGGAGGAGGCCACCAAGAACGUCGAGGUCCUGGCCAGUCGGAACAGUGCCGCAGAGCACACCCAGGUGGGGGCUGAGAUGCGCAUGAAGGCUCUGCAAGAGGAGAACGAGAAGCUGCGGGGAAGUGCGGAAGAGCUGGAGCGCACUGUGGCCCGGCUUCAGAGGCAGGUUGCUGACCUGCAAGGUGACGAGGCCAAAGCGAAGGAAAUGCUCAAGAAGUCUGAGGGAGAAACUCGGCUAUUAGAGGAGGCCCUUGUGCAUGCAAGAAAGGAAGAAAAAGAAGCCAUGUCAGCCAGAAGGGCUCUGGAGAAUGAGCUGGAAGAUGCUCAGAGAAAUCUGAGUCGGGCCACCCAGGAGCAGAAGCAGUUGUCUGAGAAGCUAAAAGAUGAGACUGAGCAGAAGGACCAGUUGAGGAGACUGAAGAAUGAAAUGGAGAAUGAGCGAUGGCACCUUGACAAGACCAUUGAGAAACUGCAGAAGGAGAUGGCUGACAUUGUCUCGGUGUCCCGCACAUCAACCCUGGAGCUCCAGAACCAGCUGGAUGAAUACAAGGAGAAAAAUCGCAGGGAGCUUGCAGAAAUGCAAAGGCAGUUGAAGGAGAAAACUCUAGAGGCAGACAAGUCCCGUCUGACUGCCGUGAAAAUGCAGGAUGAGAUGCGCCUGAUGGAGGAAGAGUUGCGGGACUACCAGAGAGCUCAGGAAGAAGCACUCACGAAAAGGCAGCUUCUGGAGCAGACGCUCAAGGACCUGGAGUAUGAGCUGGAGGCCAAGAGUCACCUCAAGGAUGACCGAGGCCGCCUCGUCAAGCAGAUGGAGGACAAGGUGUCUCAACUGGAGAUGGAACUGGAAGAAGAAAGAAGCAACUCGGAUUUGCUGUCAGAGAGGAUCGCUCGGAGCAGGGAACAGAUGGAGCAGAUGCGGAAUGAGCUACUUCAGGAGCGAGCCACGAAGCAAGACUUGGAGUGUGACAAGAUUUCCCUGGAAAGACAGAACAAGGACUUAAAGAGCCGGAUUAUCCACCUGGAAGGUUCCUAUAGGUCCAGCAAAGAGGGGCUGGUGGUGCAGAUGGAGGCCAGGAUUGCGGAGUUGGAGGACCGUCUGGAGAGUGAGGAGAGGGACCGGGCCAACCUCCAGCUCAGCAACCGCCGGCUGGAGCGGAAGGUGAAGGAGCUGGUGAUGCAGGUGGACGACGAGCACCUGUCACUGACAGAUCAGAAGGACCAGCUCAGCUUGCGCUUGAAAGCGAUGAAGCGGCAGGUGGACGAGGCCGAGGAGGAGAUCGACAGACUGGAAAGCUCUAAGAAGAAGCUGCAGAGGGAGCUGGAGGAGCAGAUGGACGUGAAUGAGCAGCUGCAGGGGCAGCUCAAUUCCAUGAAGAAGGACUUACGGCUUAAGAAGCUGCCGAGCAAAGUGCUGGACGACGUGGAUGAUGACGAGGACCUCAGCACGGACGGGGGCAGCCUCUAUGAGGCGCCGCUGAGCUACACCUUCCCCAAGGACAGCACCUGCGCCAGCCAGAUCUGAGCCCACGUGCAGGCGCCCGCAGCCGCCGCAACAGGAGGCGGGAAAGGGAGCGCCAUCACCUCCUCUUCGCAGACCGGGCAUCUCCCCGUGACAUCGUGUCCUCCUGGGAUCCCUGUGGUAGCACAGCUCUGGUAGCUUAGGCAGCAGCUGUUGCAGGGGAUGCGUUGAGACGCCUGCGGCCACUUGGCAGGCUGGAGCCCCCGUCCUGCACAGCUGCCUGCAGCACCGUCUGCAUUACUGCUCCUCUCUGCCCUCUGCCCCCCACCCCCCAUCAAGAAGAAGGGUCCAAGUGCUAGCUCCUAUUUAAUAGCCAUUGUGCAGGGGAGGGGAGGGUGCGUAGGCUGUACAUGUUUUAAACCAGACCUUCCCAUGGAUUGCUGCUUUUCCGUUUUGGAAUGUUACAGAGGCUUCAUGUGGCUCGUCUGUAAAGUUCUCACACCUCUAUUGAGUAUUAUUUUUCAAAAUAUGAAGCUACUAGAUUUUUAAGUAUUUAGGGAGCAGAGGCAAGAGGGAGAAGGUAGAAUAAAGACCACUCUGGACAUCAGAGUUGGAAAAAGGAGUUGUCAUGGUGAUAAGGGACGGUUAAUCCUGAGAAGAGACGUUCAAGAGGUCUUGGCGAAGAACUUGCUGAUGGAGGAGGGAAAGUCAGAGGUCACUUGUAUCCGUGGUCCUUGGUUGUUUAUUUUAUGUAGAAUUUUGUUAUAAUCUCUGAACCCUGCUGAGACCAAGUCCACUCACCAAUUGUAAUUUCUUUUAUGCAAGUGGGGUGGGGAGACGUGUAUGUCAGGUUUUUGACAAAUGAUGUGGUUUCUGGGAGGCUGGAGCCCUCCUGUCAUGUCUUACUGGUCCUUUCCUCUCGCCUCCCGGAGCAGGCCUCCAAACUGCACUCUCUCAGCCCUUGAAUGGGGUGGUUGCUGGGCGGGGACUGCGAGGGUUUGGGGCACAAAGUUCACGGACUUGGGCUUGAGGAAGAGGCAGGUGAUGUGCGGUAAGGUCACGGGGACGGGAAGCAGGGAGAGGAGGUCAGCAGGUGGCUGUGGGCACGUGUAGGAAGGGGGAGGCGGAAGAGGAGGACGGUCUUGAAAGCUCAGGGGAUGUGUAGACGCGAUGCGGGUUGAGCAGGAUCUCAGGUUUAUGUCAGGAAAAGGAGGAAAGAAGCAGAAAUCAGACAGAGGCACGUCUGAACAAACUGUAAGAAUCCUAACUUCUCGGAACGAGGGACAGCGGCCCGCACCCGGCGGGAGGUGACUGGGCCUGGGGGAGGGCUGGGCAAGGCCACGUCGCUGUCACGGAAUUUCAGGGAGUAUGGGGAGGAUGCAGGGUAUCCCGGCACUUCCUCCCAGCCUUCCUGGUGUCACCUUCCCUGCGACAGCCCUUAGGCACGCGCAGAGGCCAGGUCCCAUCACAGCUGGUCAGGGCCAUGGCCAAGGAGGGAACCCUGCAAGUGGUGUGCACACGAGUGUCCAGCUGCCUCAGGGUCCCCACGCGUCCUGGUAGAUGAGAGGCCUGUGACCCCAGCGCCCUGUGACAGUUGCCGCAGAGAGCAGGGAAUCUCAGUGCCCUACCCACCCCAGGUCACGGAGCCCACCCAGCAGGAUUCAGAGGGGUCAGCCUCACUUAUGGGUAGGUGUCCUCGCCCCCCACCAUGGGUGAGGCCCCCGGAGCAAAAGAAGCCGAGCCCUCUUCUGCCUCUGCUGGGGGGAGUGCUUCUUACCUCUGUGUACUUAUCUGGAGUAUGGAGAGAUUCCCCCCUUUAGCCAUUCAUUCAUCUGGCAAAUAUUAAUGGGCAUCCAUGAUAUCCCAGCACUGGCACUGGGAACACAGCAGUGAAAACAGUGGAUCAGAAUCCCUCCCUUCCUGGAGCACAGUGAGGGGAAGGGGACGAGAGACAGCAGUCACGCCAACGAACACAGAGGCUGAGCCCCUCCGAACCCAGCCCCGAGCCCCUCUGUCCUCUUGGGGACGCGGCAAGCCCGUGGUCAGUUGACUGGCUCACCAGAACCCCCAGCUGUUCUUUGACUCUCAUAUGUUGAGUUCCCCGCUGCUUCCACCACCAGUAGAUGUUCGCCAAGAAGCCUGCCCAGCAAUGCCUCCACCCGCUCGACACUACAGAUUGGAGGUGGGAAAGGUCAGGGGCCCGAGAACGUUGGGAGCGAGUCAGCAUCUGUCUUGGUUUGUGAGAAAGUUGCUGCCUCUCAUUUUGGCCGGUUCCUUCUGGUAGCCGUGAGGCAGGCCAUGGGAAACAAACUGCCUGUGAAAAGAGGACAGAAUUCACCGUUCAGAAGUCCUGCAUCUUUACCCUAAAAGUGGGACAUUACAAAUGUCAUCAAAUGCGCCCUCCUACGCUGUAAUGGGGCUGGUGGUGAGCUGGAUGCAUGCAGUGUACCAGGAUGGAAGGAACACCAGCCUGGGAGCUGAGAGAGAUGUUUUCAGGUCCCCUGGACCUUGACGGGGUGACCUUGGGAGGCCUGCGCUCAGAGCAGCAGAUGACGCAGAAUGAUUGAGGACCAGGGCUCGAGGUCCUUGCCAGCUCUGACGUGCUAUCAUUCUUUGAUUUUAUUAUGUACACAUAUAUAUUUUUUCUGUUUGUUGCUUUAAGAGCUAAUGCUACUCGAGAAUAUUUUCUUUAGCUAGUUUAAAAAAAUAUUUAAUAAACAAGUUAUGUGGCCAAAUGCAGUGCUAAAGAGACAAUCAUCAUAUUGCUUUAUAAUUUUUUUUCCUGCUUCUGAAUGUCACCUGACAGUGCCGCUAGGCUUAUUCUGUUGGGUUUCUGCUUCGGGUAUGGUUUGAUUGCCUUGGUUUGUCACGGGGAAGAGACAUUCUCAGGCAGCUACCUCCAUGUAAGUGAACUCCUGGAGAAAGCGAGUUUGCCUUUCAAUAAAUGGUAUCACCC